CUCUCUUUCUCUCUUUCUUUCUGCAACAGUAUGAGGGAAAAGGUUGACAAGUGCUAGAGAACAAUGAUUGCUUCGUGCUAAGCAUGCUCCAAUAGCAUGCGCCUGCUAACCCACCAAACACGCAUGUGCCUGACAUCAGUUGAUAUAUCCAGUGAAUUAAAAAUCAACACUACUACUUCUACUAACCUGAACAUUAAAAUCCCCGGUGGGUGAUGUAUAUGCAUUAGUGCGAUAUAACAAUAACGUCAUUUUGUUUUUGUUCUCACAAAUUCUACUGACACCAUCCAACCAAAACAUAAACGUUGACGUUAUUGCAGCUAUUAAAAAAUACUACUACCAAUCACGCAAGCGUUGACUUUCCUCUUCCUCUUCCUUUUCCUCGCCUUCCUUCUCUUCUUCCUCUCUCUCUAUCUCCUUGUUUCUUCCUUUCUUCCUUGUAAAACUGUGACCACCACUACUACCACCAGUACCAUGUUCCUUCCGGGCGUCAACAAUGCCAACCACAUUCCGAAAUGGCGACUCUCCAAGAGCUACGAGUCACUCUUAUUCAACUUUAGCGACCAGGUGGAGCUGCGUAAAGCGUACAGCUGCAUAUGGAGUCAUUUCGGAGGCAAGGCCAUGACGAUUGCUAUGCGUCAAGUAAAAAACACGCCAAACAACUUUACUAUUGUGGAGGUGGUGUUCAGCUCGGACAAGCUGAGCGACUACGCCUUUGACAAAGGGAUCCGAUACAACAAUCGCAUCCUAUGGCCCGUGUUCAACGUGCGCUCGGAUGUGUUGUAUAUUGCCUACCCGCUGUUUGAUUUGCCCUUGGAUAGUGAGGACGAGAUCGAGACCAUGUUGUAUGAAGAAUUUGCCGAGCCGAAUGACGAUAUUAAGGGUCCUCCACCGAGGGAUCAGGAUUGGGAUAAUGGUAAUGAGGGUAAUGGUGGCGCCAAUGGCUACAGUAACCAUGAUCAUAAGAAGGCUACCAACGGCAAGGGCUUGAAUGCACAGAACGGUUAUGAUGACGAGAAGGAUGAUGAUGGUGAUAGCUAUGAUGAUGAUGGUUAUCAGGAUGAUGACGACGAGGAAGACAAACAAGGCGUGGUGGACGUGGUGCUCGGUGUCGAUGAUAUCUCGGGCUUGUACAAUGGUACAGCAACAGUGAUCGUCCGACGGAUCCUGCCACCAUUCAUGCAAAAGAACAAACUUGUGGAUCAAGAGCGGCUACGGCACUUACUGCCAAACAACGUACGCGUCUAUCACAUGUAUUGCAGAGACUGUCAAACGUUAGACGAUCAUCCUGAUGGUGAAUGUCCACAACAGUAACGGGCGAGUCCCGUCAGCUUUCCCUGUUGGAAUAGAGCAAUCUUUAGUACAUACACUAUGACUAUCAUUUCUGUUUUUUUUAAACCAUGUUUACUACUUAUGUUAUCUAUCAUUAUCAUAUAACAACAAUAUAUGUAUGCAUACUACCAACACACCCAUAUGCAUGCACUUUAAAAC